UCCUUAUCAAAAUAUUUCCUUUUCCUCGCUUUGUCUAUUGCUCCAUAAUGACUCACCAUUACGUGCAAAUAUUGCUCGCCACAAAGUACCACUCAGACACGCCGGUAACUCUGAUCGUAUUGAUUGCGCUAAAGUAUGAUUCAUCAUUUGCGCCUUUAAAUAUAACAUACUCGUGAAACAGUGAAGUGUAAUUGUUCGCUCUUUAUCAAUUUUUUUUAUGAACGUUGUUUUUUUUGCUUAUCAAGCGAUAGUUAUUUAAUCCCCUGUCAAUUCAAAUUGUGUCUUAAUGCAAAUGAUGACCAAUGAGGACGACUAAAGUAAUAACCUUAGGCAAGGUUUGAUUGAUUAAAUUCAGCUGUUGCAGAAGCUCAACUUCCGAAGACCAAGCCGUGCUCCUUUCAAACUACUUUCAAAGUUUCCGUCGAGCUUCAAAUACUUCCAAGUCAUCAGGCACGCUCUGCCAAUUGAUGUCGUUAGGUGUUGGGCAAAACCAUGGUCCUUUCCUCUGCAAUUUGACCUGAUCUGCAUCCAUGGAUGUGCUCGAAAGGUUAACAGGGUCUAACUGGUGUACUUGGUCCUAAUUGACCGGGUUGGACAAUCUGUGCUUUUGGCGGAAAUGCUGACGUUUCCUUAAGAGCCUCACCCACUUGUUGCAGCGUCGACUGUGUCUGGUUGUGGGUGGAUUAUCCGUUCCGGUGGCGUUGGUGUUUCCAACAAAGACUUUUUGUACCCAAGCGACGUCCAAAUCCUUGAGAAUGUGCACGUCGUUUUUUACGCUGAUUGUGUUUGGUGGGCCUCUGUUAAGAAGCUCGAACCAGUGAAUACGCACUUUAAUUGAAUUUAGACCAUUUGUUAGCUGAAUAAAACUCUACAGUCUAGUAAAUCUAGACAUAGAAACAAGAAAGAAAUGAACAACAUCACAGCGCGGGAAAACCAAACAGCUCCUGAGCCGUUGUCAAGGACAAAUAUGAUAGCCAUAGCAGAACUGGCACCAAUUGCAUCAGUAAUUCUUAUCAUGAACACAUUGAUUUUCGUUGUGUUUCUUAACUCGGAAAAACUACGAACACCAGCUAACACGAUCCUCUUCAGUUUGGCGAUUACAGACUUCUUAACUGGAGCACUGAAUAUCCCUCUGUUUAUCAUAGUGGCUUUCACGCCUCUCAUUCCACCAAACAUUGUCCACUUUCACCUUGGUUAUCUGCUACUGGUUAUUCACAUCGUUACUGCAAUUCUUUCAAUAUAUCAUAUAGCUAUUGCUACUUUGGAAAGGUACCUGUCAAUUAUCUGGCCAAUAACUCAUCGUUUAGUGAAGAAACAAACAGUUAUCAAAGUUUUGAUGUUGGUGUGGUUGUUUGCUUUCGUCAUCGGAUUUCUUCCUUUUGCUUGGAUAAGCAAAAUUCGCAGCCCGAUCGGAAUGAAGUAUGUCAUAGCCUACGAGGCUUGCUGCUUUGUAGUGGUGUUUUUACUGCCGUACGUUAUCAUGUUGUAUGCCUUUUUCAAAAUGUUCAGAGCCAUUGCAAGGGGAGCGGGACAAAAUGGCAUAAGCAAUAGAGGAAAAAAGCACAAAAAGAAAAUAGCUCGAGAGAGGAAGUGCGCUGCAUUGUUUUUUACCAUGGCAUUACUAUUUGCGAUAUGCUGGUUUCCAUGGUUUUUGGUGAAACUACUCAUCCCCCUGGGAUUGAAAUCUCUUGAGGUUCCAGCUCAUGUGUUCGCUAUUGUGCGCUAUGUCACAUCUUUCAUAAACCCCAUGCUGUACAGCCUGAUGAGACCAGAUUUUAAACAAGCAGUGAAAAACUUAUUCCGUAGAAUGAGAUUAACUCGCGCGAACACGUUCAGAUUCAGUUAUCUGGGAAAGAAAAAUGAAAAUAUGAAUCACAAUGGUCAUGUUGAUCACUAUUGUUCUUCACCAUUAGAACAACUCUAUAACCUUUCAAACCAGCCUGAAGGAUCAAUGAAGAACGACGAUCCGUGCACAAUAGAGACCCAACUUGAAGAGUGAUUUAGACUUAAUUGUGUGGUAUAUGUUAUGAUAUCCAAACGAAGUUGCCGCGAAGGAAAACAACACAACUGAAAGGAGUAGUAUUCAUUUAGAGUGGUUCAAAUAUAAGACUGGUUCUGACGUCUUCCCGGUCUCGGAAAGGACAUAUGGUUUUCUUUGU